UCAUCACGUCGUAUGGAAUCCCACUACAACCCACGCACAGACCAAGAGUGCCACCAAAGAGAUGCUGUUGAAGAGUGCUGGACAUGAAAAUGAGUUGAACAUUAUGAAAUCUCCUGUCCCUCUGGGUUGCCAAUCAGUGGUCAUCUAACAUCAUCUCAGAGGAAAACCAGAAGAGCUCCACUCUAACUUCUGUAAGGUUUAGUCCAUUAUGGAACAUCAAACAAUUUUCUGGCGCUGGUUUUGUGAAAUUCGGCUGCUGCCUUGGAGCCUCCAUUUGAAAAAGAAAUUAACGUUGAGGAACAAUUAAAGAGGAAAAUCAGCUCCAGAGAAUGAGCACUAUAAGUGGUACUGGGAUAUUAGUCAGCUUAACAACGGUGUCUGUCACGCUAGAUUUUAGUUUGCACGGUGGUCUGAUGGCUUGGUCCUUAAGCAACAAUUUGACUCUGAAUCAGAGUUUGCCCACCUCCGACCCUUUCAAUGCCUCUGAGUGGGGAGAAGUCUCUCGUAUGUCCAUGAGGGAGAAGAACUGGCCAGCCCUCCUGAUUUUGGUUAUCAUUCUGCUGACUAUUGGUGGGAACAUCCUUGUAAUUAUGGCUGUCUCCUUGGAGAAAAAGCUACAGAAUGCCACAAACUACUUCCUAAUGUCCUUGGCGGUGGCGGAUAUGUUGGUGGGGAUCCUAGUCAUGCCCGUUUCCCUCAUUACAAUUCUAUACGAUUCUGCUUGGCCUUUGCCUAAACAAUUGUGUCCCGUAUGGAUUUCCCUAGAUGUGCUCUUUUCAACUGCAUCUAUCAUGCAUCUCUGUGCCAUCUCUCUUGAUCGGUAUGUAGCAAUACGCAAUCCCAUUGAGCACAGCCGCUUCAAUUCCCGCACCAAGGCUAUUAUGAAAAUUGCUGCAGUUUGGACCAUAUCGAUCGGGAUAUCCAUGCCCAUCCCUGUCAUAGGAUUGCAGAAUGACUCCAGGGUGUUUGUGAACGGAAGCUGCAUUCUGAAUGAUGAAAACUUUGUCCUUUUUGGGUCCUUUGUGGCAUUCUUUAUCCCACUCAUCAUCAUGGUGAUCUCAUACUGCCUGACUGUCCAGGUGCUGCAGAAGCAAGCGACGGUGUUCAUGUACGGCGAGGUGCCCAAGCAGCGAAGGAGCAGCAUGAACUGCCUCAAAAAAGAAAACAACACAGAGAACAUCUCGAUGCUCCAGAACCACGAGGCAGCCUCCCACUUGAACUCUCCCGUAAAUAAGGAAGCCGUGCUCUUUCGGAAAGGAACCAUGCAGUCUAUCAACAACGAGCGCAGAGCCUCCAAGGUCCUGGGCAUUGUCUUCUUUUUGUUUCUUAUCCUGUGGUGUCCAUUUUUCAUCACUAACAUCAUGUCUGUUCUUUGCAAGGAAGCCUGUGAUGGGAGCCUCCUGGGCGAACUCAUGGACGUAUUCGUUUGGGUUGGUUACAUUUGUUCUGGGAUUAACCCCCUGGUGUACACACUCUUCAAUAAAACCUAUCGCAGGGCUUUUGCCAACUACAUCUGCUGCCAGUACAAGCCCAGUAAAAAAUCAACACUGCAACAAAACCAGUGUCUGAAUGUCGCUUCCACAGCUUCAUACGGGAAGGACUUUACUUUAAAUAGCUACCGAAAUGGCAAUGAACUCAACAGCAUGGAGCUGGAUGAAACUGAGGAGGGCUUAGAAAUGCAACCGGGGACUUCAGAGCUGUCGCUAAACAGCUGCAAUGUUGUAAGCGAAAGAGUGAGCUGUGUGUAAUCGAGUCUCACCCAUGGCUCUGCAGCUGAAAUAUACCUGUGUAAAAAUGUAUGUGUCAAAGAACAAUGUAAAUACUGCAUCCUGAACAAAGCUUUUUUUUUAAAAUUAAUCUUUUCAGCCCAGUGCUUUAAAUCGUACAUACACUGAGGGGAGGUUUAAAGUUCUGUAUUUACUGUUCCUACUAGAUCAAAAAUAUCAAGUAUUUUGCUUACAUCAUGGACAAAAUGCUGACAUUUUCUUCCAGCGUAUGAACAAAAAUGCUAAAUACUUACUCAGGUGGCAUUUGCUGGAGUCCAGAGUGGCUCAUUCAUAGUUAUAGAUCGAGUCCAUGGAAAUGGACUUGAUCAGGAAAACUUUUUUAAGUUGACAGUAAAUAUACACUUUAAAUCCUCACCCAUGUUAUGUGCCAUGCAACAGUGCAACACCAAGUCUUACCAGAAUCCUGGAAGGGAUUCCUCUGCCAAGCAUUGCAGUAUUGCAACGGAACAGUUGGCUAACCAGACUGCUCACGUGGGAGUGUGGGCGGGGUGACCUUUCACCUUGGAGAGCUGUUUUCAGUUCUGAUUUCAUUUCCAAGUGUGCUGAGAUUGGCAGUCACAUCUUGGUCCCUAGCAGAUGCUUGUUCAUACCUCACUACCAGGGAACGCAAUUCCAGUGUGCUUCUGCAGUCCUGGCCUUUCAGGGCCGUUUGACCCUGGGAUCCUGAACUCUCAUAGCACCAUUAAAACCAGCAAACUCUCUUGGCCCUUCCUUUGUAAAUAGAGUGUCUCUGACUGUGCCCUGAACCCUAAAAAUAACCCGAUGCCGAGCUAGCAGUGGGCCAGGCUCUGCUCCACUUUCUCCUGCCUGUUGUCUGAUGGGCAUGUGAUGGUGGCUCACAUGAGAAAAGUGAACAGAGUUUGACUCAGUGUCUGGCUCUGAAGCAGCUGUUAGCUCCUGUUCAGGUCUUUUACACCACACUAGUGCAGGGAAGAGUUGCAAGCAAUCUAUUAUUUACAGCUCCUAGAUCAGCCGAGUGCCCUUCACUUGCUGCUGGGUUAGGCUGUUUGCUUUGAGUGGCAUGUCAUUGGGCUCAGGUCAUAUGCUUUACCUCCAGAAGUGGGCUUUGGUUUCAUUGGGGCUCUCAGUUUCAUCUUUCCUAGCCUCUUGCUCUCAGCAGUCUCGCAUUUCCUUGUUCAUUCACAUGUUCAUUUUCUCUGCAGCCUGAGAUGGGCGGUGUCACAGAUCUGGAGAGACAGCACUGCUUUCUUCUGUGCAUCCUGCCAUUGCAAACCAGAUUUCGUGCUUGUGUUGGGAGGGCUGCUGUUCGGACUGUGAGCCUCCCCGAGGGUGAAAGAACCCUCCCAGCCCCGUGAGCCCAGGUGCAUCAGUGUAAGUGAGGCCACUGCUUGUUCCAUCCUGGGAACGGGCUAAGCACCAACCCACCUGGAGUAAACCAACAGUAAGCGACUGGCCCCAAGAACUACAGUAACUCCUCACUUAACGCUCCUAAAAAAUGCAACUUUCAGUGAAACGAUGU